UAAGCUUCCUGUUCCACUCCAUUCUGAUGCAUCAGACAAAUAGAUCCACGUCUGUGUUUUCCUCAUCUUAGCUGGCAUCUGGUUAUAAACCUGGAGAGCACCGAUAUUGCCCGCCACUUUUGUUGCACCGGUACUGUUAGGUUGAAGUUGUGAGGGGCUGUAAGCUAGUGGGAGAGGGCAUAAACAGAUGAUGGGAAGAGGAGGCAGGCUUCCUCUGUGCCAACUCAGAGGGGAGUUUCUACUUAACUACUACCUCUCUGCAGAAAAAACGUCACAGGUUUGUUUAUUUUAGCUAAAAACUGUAUAAUUAUAAUUAAAAGACCACUGGGAUUUUUUUUAGUAGAUCUCCUCCUUUAAAAAUAAAAAUGAAUAUUAAAAAUAAAUACUAAUGAAUUAUUUUUUUCAAUCAAAGCGAUUUAUUUUUAUCUUUUUUUAUUUUUCAAAGUCCCCUCUGCGUGUUCCGGUUCGUCGGUGUGACCCACAGCCCGCUGGGCGUCAUCGGCCGCUGAUUGGUGGUUUGCGUCCGCAUGGCAACCACUGAUGACAACCGCAAGCUGUGUCUAAGAACUAAGGUGAGGAGCGCUGUAAAGGGGAAAACCUGCUAGUUCUGCAUUUAUCUUCCUCCUCCUUCUCUUCUUCCUCUUGCGUUCAGAGCCCGCAGCUGCUGCGGGCGUGUCAGCGCACAGACAGAUCAUGUAAAUGUAUUUUUGAAGCACAAACAUUCUGGGCCAAACAGCAAGAUUGAACCUGAGGAUACCAGCCAGCCAAAUCUCUUCUUUAAGUUAAUUGAUUCCAGUUCUUUAAACUCAGCCUGCACGUUUCACAGCCAAGUCCCAGUCAUGACGGCAGAGGAGACCAUCAACAUCAAGGAGGCGGAGGUGAUCAAGCUGAUUCUCGACUUCCUCAACUCUAGAAAGCUGCAUAUCAGUAUGCUGGCCCUGGAGAAGGAGAGCGGGGUCAUCAACGGGCUUUAUUCUGAUGACAUGCUGUUUCUCAGGCAGCUCAUUCUAGAUGGACAAUGGGAAGAGGUGAUGCAGUUCAUCCAACCUUUAGAGGGAAUGGAGAAGUUUGACAAGAAAAGGUUUCGGUACAUUGUCCUGAAGCAGAAGUUCCUUGAAGCUCUGUGUGUAAAUAAUGCCAUGUCAGCUGCUGAAGAGCCACAAAAUCUGGAGCUCACCAUGCAGGAAGCAGUGAAGUGCCUCCACAGCCUGGAGGAAUUCUGUUCCACCAAAGACGACUACAGCAAGCUGUGUCUCCUGCUCACCCUGCCCCGUCUGACCCACCACGCAGAGUUCAAAGACUGGAACCCGAGCACGGCUCGCGUCCACUGCUUCGAGGAAGUCUGCGCCAUGGUUGCAGAGUUUAUCCCCGCAGACAGGAAGCUGAGCGAGGCGGGUUUCAGGGCGAGCGGGAACCGCCUCUUCCAGCUGCUCAUCAAAGGUCUCCUUUAUGAGUGCUGUGUAGAGUUCUGUCAGGUAAAAUAUUACUCCAGAACCAGCUCAGUUGUUGCUAAUGAAAAUACUGCAGACAUAAAUAUGAGAAGUUUAACAGAAUUUCUUUUUUUUUGGCACAUUUUUACUAGAGUAAAGCGACGGGUGAGGAGAUCACAGAGGAACCUCUCACCGGGAGCGUUCACCUGUGCUUUCGAGCAGAAGACGCUCAGCAUUCAUGUGGACCGUCUGGUUAAGCCCAGCAAAGCUGGACACGCUGACCUCCUCACUCCGUUAAUCAACCGUCUCUCCCCCUGCCUUACCUCACCCUACCGUCAGCGCCCUCAUUCAGCGGACACCUACAUGUCCAGAUCCCUCAACCCAGCCCUGGAUGGCCUUUCACAUGGCCUUGCAGCACAAGACAAGAGGGGUAUGGACGCUAACGUUAAGUCCUCGCUCAGCCGGAGCCUAGUGGAGAACAACGUUCAUCAGCAGGACGAUUCACCUGAGAGGCAGCAUCCACAGGGGCUGGAUAGAUCCAACAUCCCACGAACCCCCUUGAAUCAAGGAAAAGAUGGAAUGCCAGCCUGUAGCACAGAAACACAAGAGCGUGAGUCUGAAGAACACAUCCAGGAGUACUACAGGCAGCGCCUCCGAGUCCAGCAGCACCUGGAACAGAAGCAGCAGCAGAAACAGCUUUACCAGCAGAUGCUGCUGGAGGGAGGGGUGAGGCUGCAGGACGGAGCCCAGCACAACCUCACCGAGGCAUUCCUCAGCAGAUCCAUUCAGAGACUGGAGGAAAUGAACGUGGGCCUCGAGCACAGAGGAGAUGAUGUAAUGAUGCACCUGGGCCAGCAGUUAAACGGAUCGAAUGGGAACAACCACACUUUCAUCCCUGGGAUUCCCAAUUCUCGCCAUAGCCAAGAUAAGGGAGCUCCAAAGGAGAAGCCAGUUGGAAUUAGCAGCACCGCCUUUUUGGGCUCUGAGAAGCAGAGCUCAACUGCACCCAAUGAGUCCUCAGUCCAAACCAGUCAGAGAGCGUCUGGUCCCACAGCUCCAGAGGACUUGGGCUGUUCUACGACGCGAAACUCACAUGAGCUGGGGAAAUCCAAAACUCACUUUGUGAGGGUGAGCCAGCUGGAGGACACGCAGGCGGUGCGAGCUGUGGCCUUCCAUCCCUCUGGUGCUCUGUACGCUGUGGGCUCCAACUCAAAAACCCUGAGAGUGUGUGCCUAUCCAGAGACACUGACCCCCAGUGGUUCUGGUGCAGUAAAGCAGCCGGCGGUGCGCUUCCGACGCAACAAACAUCACAAAGGCUCAAUUUACUGCGUGGCCUGGAGCCACUGCGGACAACUUUUGGCCACUGGGUCCAAUGAUAAAUUUGUUAAAGUCUUGCCUUUUAAUGCAGACAGCUGCAAUGCAACAGGUCCCGACCUGGAGUUCAGCAUGCACGACGGCACCAUUCGAGACCUGGCCUUCAUGGAGGGGCCCGAGAGUGGAGGGUCCAUUCUGAUCAGCGCCGGAGCUGGAGACUGUAACAUCUACACCACUGACUGCCAGAGAGGACAGGGUCUUCAUGCCCUUAGCGGACAUACAGGUCACAUCCUCAGUCUGUACACAUGGGGAGGAUGGAUGAUUGCCUCCGGGUCACAGGACAAAACGGUCCGGUUCUGGGAUCUACGAGUGCCCAGCUGUGUUCGGGUGGUUGGCACAACCCUCCACGGGUCAGGAAGUGCGGUGGCUUCAGUGGCCGUGGACCCCAGCGGGCGUCUGCUGGCCACCGGUCAGGAGGACAGCACCUGCAUGCUGUAUGACAUCAGGGGAGGCCGCAUAGUCCAGACGUGCCGCCCCCACGGCAGCGACGUCCGCUCAGUGCGCUUCUCACCGGGAGCUCAUCAUCUCCUCACCGGUUCCUACGACAACAAGAUCAUCAUCAGUGACCUUCAAGGCGACCUGACGAAGCCCCUCCCCCAGACGGUGGCCGGCGAGCAUUCAGACAAAGUGAUCCAGUGCAGGUGGCACCCACACAACCAGACCUUCCUCUCCUCGUCUGCCGAUCGGACUGUCGUUCUCUGGGCUCCGCGUCACUGAGAGUCCAGACAGAAGUUCUGGAGGAGGCAGCAGUGAGCAAACAGAGCACAGUUACACGUUAAUUCUAGCAUGAAAACAAACACGAGCUGCCGCCGUCACGUUCCAGUAGAGGUCAUUCCAGGAUGAAAAUCCGGCUAAUUGUGAGUCACAAUGUUUGUGUGAACAUUUGUCUUUACAGGUGGAAUAUUUUGAGAUUUUUAACUCACGUGGCAUUCAAGAAAGUUUACUUAAAAUUGACUGAAGUUAAAGAAACAAUAAUUAUUCAAAUUAGAAGAGAAAAUAGUGAUUUCUUUUUCAUUUAAAAAGUCUUUUAUGUAAAAUAACAACUUUGGAGAUGCCAAAAAAAAUCGAAAAUAGUAAUACAUCCCUUGGAUUAGAUAAUUUCUUUAAAAUAUCUUCAAUUAAUCUGCCUUUUUGUUUUUUUCUUCCAUAUUUUUAUUUUUUAGCUUAAAAUUCUACAGCAACAAUAUAACAGAAUAUAAAUGUCAAACAGAGAACCAUUUUUUUUUGCCACAGCACAUUUUUCAAAAUAAUUUAUUUCCUUUUUUGGAGAGCCAUAUUUAAAAAAAAAAAAAGGUGACUUUUUAGCAUUUCACCAAAAUAACUGGUACUUCUAUUUGAAGCUUGAGGUCUGUGUAGCUGAAACAAAACACCUUUGGUUAUGCAUAUCAUAAUGUGCCUUUUUUUAUAACAACCGCAGAGAUUUUUGGACAUCUGACAGUCAAAGAACAUUUUAUUUUGAUAUUUUCUCAUAUGGCUUAUCAUCUGUACAUUUUGUAAACAAAGUCUUUUUAAUGCAAAUGAACAAUUAUUUGCAUUUGUGCACACAGAAUGCCGAUAUAAAUAAAUGUUUAACAACUU